UUUCCCCAUUUACUUCGUUUUCAGUGUUCUUCUCUUCUGCCCCCAAAAUGAAGCCCCAAAAUGAAGCACUUCAUGCUCCCAAGAAACCCUCGCAGGACGCAGAACUCGCUUCUUCGGCCACCCCAGCCCCCUCCCCUCUCCUAGCUCCGCCAAAACCCGCCCCUCUGGCAAGCACAAACACUCCAAAGAGAAUGACCCUUCCUCCGAUCCCAAUCUCGUCGUUCCUUCUCCCGGUAAGUUCAAGAGCCCCUUGCCUCCGAGACCUCCCUCUUCCAACCCUCUUAAGCGAAAGCUCGCCGUGGCCGGCAAUGCCCUAACCGAUAAUUCCCUCCCCGCAUCCUCCGAUUCCGGCGUCAAGGUUUUAUUGUGAGGAUGAGGUUGCUCUGUCCCGACAAGGACGAAGGGGAUCCCACUGUUCAGAAGGUUUCCAAUGACUCGUUGUCCAUCAAUGGCCACAACUUCACCUUCGAUUUUGUUGCUGACACUGCGGCCACUCAGGCAGGGUUUCUAUUUUUAGUCAUGCUGUUCUUGAUGUGAUCCUAAGUUGGAAAGCACAAUGGAGUAUGUCGCUGUAUGUGAAGUUAAGAUACGUCCUAAAAGUUGUUUCAGCUACUGCAUGGGUGAUUGUUCUGUCAGUUACUUAUGCAUAUACUUGGGAUAAUCCUCCUGGGUUUGCUCAGACCAUUAAAAGUUGGUUUGGAAGUGGUGGUUCAAGUGCUCCUUCAUUGUAUAUUUUGGCUGUUGUUGUUUACCUGUCACCGAAUAUGCUUGCUGCAAUAUUCUUUCUGAUCCCUUUUAUUCGUCGUCAUCUCGAGAGGUCAAACUAUAGGGUUGUGAUGCUAAUGUUAUGGUGGUCACAGCCUCGUUUGUAUGUUGGUAGAGGAAUGCACGAGAGCGCAUUUUCCCUUUUCAAGUACACAAUGUUUUGGGUGCUUCUCAUAAUUACAAAGUUGGCUUUUAGUUACUAUAUUGAGAUAAAACCUCUCGUGGGACCUACUAAAGCUAUAAUGAAUGUAAAAAUCACAACUUUCCAGUGGCAUGAAUUCUUUCCUCAUGCAAGGAACAAUAUUGGUGUUGUAAUUGCACUUUGGUCGCGCCAAUUAUCCUGGUAUACUUCAUGGAUACCCAAAUUUGGUAUGCCAUAUUCUCAACAUUAUUUGGUGGUAUAUAUGGUGCCUUCCGUCGGCUUGGGGAGAUACGGACACUAGGAAUGCUAAAGAAAAGAAUUGGUGUGACAACUACAUGUCUUGUGUUGUCCGUGAGUGCUAUGCUUCAUUUAAGAAUUGCUACUAAUAUCAUGUAAGUGAUUUUUUUGUAUUCAUUUGAUCAUUGCUUUUAAUGAUGCAUUUCCUUUGUAAAAUAAGAUCUUAUUGUAAGUUUCUUAUAACCGUUGUUAAU